GCUUGUUUUCCCGCGAUUGUCGCCUCAGAAAAAGUGCUACUUCUAAAUGUUGUUUUACUGCUUCUUCUUCUAAUAAGACUCUUAUCGGACAAAAUCCGCAAUGGCAUCAAACUUACAAAUAACCUUCGACUAACCUAAAAAUGUCCAAGGAGAGCUCCGGGGGCGACAUCCCCACCAUCUUCAACCCCAAGGGGGCGGCCGGGGCGGGCCGACAGCGCGCCCCCAGCGUCCUGAUAACGGACGAGGGGGCCAACAGCGCGCUGUUCGCGCACGCCGACUCGCUGGGCAGCCAGCAGGAGGCGGCGGGAGAGCCGCUGGCGGCAGGGGCCACGAGGCCCGCCACCCUCGCCACCAAGAUACGCUCCUGCUCGGCGGGAUUCUGCUCCGAGAGCGCCAGGAAGAUAUAUUUUGGGAUUUGGGUGACGAUUUGCGUGACGGCGUCCUGGGUGGGAGCAACACACUGUAUAAAAUAUUUGUACCUGAGAAGACCGUUUGACGAAGACGCGGAUGACCCCGUCUUUGUUCCACACGAUACAAGCGAUGUUAACAUGACACUAGUCCGGACAAGAUAUUCUGCUUCAUAUCAAGCCCCAUUUUUCACGACGUGGUUCGUGACAAACUGGACCAUGCUGUUUUUUCCUUUGUAUUUGUUGAGUCGAAUAACCUCGAGGAAUUGCCAAUCGGCCUCGGAAAUAUUUUCCGAGAGCAUAAGGGAUUUUAGAGAUAAAGGAUUCACAAUGGGUCGGUUCAUGGUCCGUUGUAGUUUGUUUUGUCUGCUAUGGGUGGGCACGAACUACAUGUACAUUAUGUCAUUAAGAAUCUUGCUGGCCACUGACGUCAUGGCCCUCUUCGCAACGAACGUUUCCUUCGUUUAUCUACUCUCGUGGGUCAUUUUACAUGAGCAGUUCGUUGGCAUUCGUAUAAUGGCUGUGAUUAUAUGCGACACGGGCGUCGCUUUGCUUGCCUACAUGGACGGCAUCACUGGAAGCCCGACGCUGGGUGGCGUAGUUUUGGCAACAUCGUCGGCAGCCGGAUCUGCAGUCUACAAAGUACUCUUCAAAAAGGUGAUUGGUGACGCUACCUACGGCCAGGUGGCGCUGUUUUUUUCGCUGGUCGGAAUGCUGAACGCGGCCCUGCUGUGGCCCCUCAGCCUGGGUCUGAUCCUUACGGGCGUCGAGACGCUCUCUUGGGACCGUCUGCCCUGGCUUGCGCUUCUAGUCGCCAGUCUACUAUCUCUAGUUGCCAAUCUACUGGGAAACUUUAGUGUUGCCCUGACUUACGACUUAUUUAUAACUUUAGGGUUAAUAACCGCCGUCCCUGUUUCUGCAGCUUUGGACGUAGUGCUAUAUGGUGCUCAAUUUGAAGGUAUGAAGUUGGCAGGAAUGAUUCUGAUAGCUGUGGGAUUUUUUUUGGUCAUGUUUCCCUCAAACUGGCCUGAUUACAUCACCAGACUUCUAAGAAAUAUCAUCCUGUUGAGUCACAGUGCGAGACCGUCGUUCUGCAAGCGCGUGGAUCAGCGGCAGGCCCCCACCUCAUAACACCCCCACCACCGUCACCCCGGCGACACUGAACGCGCGUGCGCACUCGCGCGCUGCCGUUCGUUUCCGUCCACCACCUACCACCACUUCUACUGUCGCUACUCUACUACUUCAGCUAGUGAUGCUAUGCCGUCUAAUAUGGAGCCGGCGUAGUCGCUCGGGAAACUCGAGCUCGAGCCGCCGCGAUCACGUGGACUACCGCACCGGAUACAUCCGAUCUCACCUUCGGUCUCCUUCGGGCCGAGUGCGGUGACCUCUCGAACCAAUCAACGACGACCUUUCGAUUGCCGCGGCCAACGAGAGGCCUGACUCGCUCAGCCAGUUUCUUUUGACUGUACUGUAGGGGACAAUCGUUGCCAAAAUUCGCCAACACAACC